AAUACUAGGAUACGAUUCAUUGGUAUAAUUAUACUAUAUGGUUCUUUAAAUAUUUAAUAUUAUAAGAUGACAAGAAGAUUGAUUUAUGCAUUCUAAAACCGGUUUCAGUUGCGUGAGCUUUCUAAAAAAAAAAAGUUCCUCCUUCGCGUUCAGAUGGAAAUAAAUAUUCGAAGUACUUAUGUUAAAAACAUAGAUACGUGUAAUUGUACAAUUUAUAAAGUGAAUAUAAAAAAAGAAAAAUAACAUUUGAAAAUUGAUAGCAUGAACCUCCUUUUAAGCCGUCCCUGAAACGUGUCUGCUUCACUGACCGUAGACGGGCGACACAGCUCAGUCACACUCAUAGCGUUCAUUUGUAAAAUGGCUGACCACAAGGAACGAGAUUCGUAUUAUUCACAAACGGAUUUACGAUCGAAAAAUGACGAUCCGCCAAAUUCGCGUUUGUUUGUUAUAUGCCAUAAAAGUUUGGAAGAAGAUGAUCUUAGGAAAGCGUUUGAAAAAUUCGGAAAGAUCGAAGAUAUAUGGGUGGUUAAAGACCGGAACACAGGCGAAAAUAAAGGAGUCACAUAUAUCAAGUUUUCGAAAACAUCAGAGGCAGCUUUUGCCCUCGAAGAAAUGAAUGGAAAAAUGUUGGGCUCAGUUGGAAGACCUAUAAAAGUAAUGAUUGCUUCCAAUCGAGAUCAGGGUUCCGUGAGGGAAACAAAUGAAGAAGAAAGAUGGGUUCGUUUGUUUUGUGUAUUACCUAAAUCUAUGACUGACAGCGAACUUCAACAAGAAUUUUCCAAAUUUGGAUCUAUUGAAUAUGCAACUGUAGUCAAAGAUAGAAAUACAAACGAAUCUAAAGGUUUUGGUUAUGUAAAAUUUAAAAAAGUAUCUAGUGCUGCAAAAGCAUUUGAAGAGUGUGAUAGGAAAUAUAGAGCUGUCUUUGCUGAACCAAAAAAACCUAAACCUGAGCAUACUGAUGUAAAAUAUAAUAAUGGAGUAUCCCCUCAUUAUGAUAGUAUCUGUGGAGGUUAUAGUUCAUCUAAUUUUGGAAAGAGCAGUGUUAGUUUAGAAAUUGCUACAAAUUAUCCAAAUUCUGAAGGAUAUACACAUUUGCAAGUAAUUGCUCAUCCAAUAUUAAAUCAAGAUCAAUUAUGGAAAUUGUUUGAUAUUGUACCUGGUUUAGAUUAUUGUCAUUUGAAAAAUGACGUCAGAUGUAGAAUGCCAAGAGGUCAGGCAGUUGUAGUGUAUUCAAAUCCUAGUGCAGCAGCGUAUGCAAAAGAGAAAUUUCAUGGUUUUGAAUAUCCUCCUGGUCAUAGGAUGAUAGUUAAACCAGAUUUAUCAAGUGUUCCAACAAAAACAGUUGUGAAACCUGGAAGUUCUACAGGUGGAACUAAUGCUAGAACAGAUUUAGUACAUUUGGCAGAAACAAUUGCUCAAGCUACAUCUUUAAUUCAAGCUGCAGGACUAACUGCACCAAGUCUAGAACAUUCAAUGUCUAGUAAGUUACCACCUGCACAACCUAUGGCUAGUAUAGAUGCAGAAGUUGCUAAAAGAUGUUUCAUUGUAUGUGGGCCUCCAGUACCACCCAUAUACGCGAUGAAGGAUGCUUUCUGUAGAUUUGGAAAUCUUAUAGACGUUUAUAUGUUGCCAGGGAAAAAUUGUGGUUAUGCAAAGUAUGCUAGCGUGGAAAGUGCAAACGACGCAAUUGACGUUCUACAUGGACAAGAAAUUUGUGGUUCUCGACUAAAAGUGUUAGAAGCUGAAGAGCGAAACGUCGGCGAAGAUCGUAGAAAACGACUUCGGAUGGAUGAAGAUGAAAAUUGAAUAUUUUUGUAUACCUCACUGACUGGUAUACACAAGCUGGACGCACGCAAUAAAUGAGACGAAUUUUAAGACUCACUUGACCACGUCGGGCCCGCAUCCAAGGAAACUACUCCAACUAUCUACUUUUAACUAUUGCAUACGUUCGCGAUUUCAACGUUACUGAAACUUUAACGAUACUUUACUUUAUCCGUACAUAUCGUUACACAUACACGUGACUUCCUGAGUUUAUUAUUUUAAGAGGCCUGUGCGAAAAGUGAUCUUAAAGAUUCAAUUUAAAAAUAUAUAGAACACAUAAAACUAGUUAAAUUCGAAACUUCUUCCUUUAGCAUAAGGAAGUUAUGUAACACUAUAUAUUUGAGGUGUUCACUGUUCUUAUCCUAAUAUACUACAAGUAUUAGCCAGAGGUAAGAGGAUUUCUAUAUAUCUAUACUUUUAUAUAAAAAUCAUAUUCAUAUGAAAAUUUUUCCCGCCAAAUUUCGGAAAAAAGAUAUAUCCUCUAUAAAUCAAGAGAAAUGAGAUUUAGGGAAGAAACAAAAGAUGAAAUUACUUCUCAAAAAUAUAUGUUUUUGUUUCAGAAAAAAAGAAUAUUUAUUGUUAAUUGCAAAUAUUGUUGCUAACUAUUCGCGCAGGCUUUAAAAUAUAACCUGUGCUUUAAAGUUAGUAAAACCAAUUUUCGUUUAUAAUUUGUAUUUAAUAGUUCUGUACUAUUCAUUUAUUAGCUGUACCGAACAUGGAAGAAAACGUAAAGUAAUUUAUUUCUUGUAUAUAUAUCAAGGAAUAUUUUUACGAUAAUAAGUCGUAAUAAAGAUAAUUCAUAGAAUUUCUUCCAAAACAAGAUAUAUUCUCCAAAGAAGUUUAACUUCUUGUAGUCUUAUAGAUGCAAUUUUACAUACUAAUAUAUGCUAUUUCGUGAAAAAUAACGCAAAGUAAGUUUUUCAAGGAAAAUGUUUCUGUUCAUUGGAAUUGUAUAUAUUAAUUCGAAAAUUUAAGUUUAGUAAAGCGUAUCUUACAUUUUAUUGUAGGUUAGAUACAAUAAUAGUUAUUUAUAUCGGAUGAUUGUAAAUCAUCGAUUCUACUGGAUAUAAUAUUUUAUUAUGUCCUUUUGUAGACGAAAUUAGUUUAUAAGAAAUUGAUAAUUUCGAGUUAAAAAAAACUAUCAAAUUUUUCAAUGAAACGCGAGUACAUCUUGUUUUGGAAAUACUUCGCUUCACGUAUGUUAACGUGAAUAGAUAUAUUUGCAUAAAAUAUAUCAGCAUGUUAUUUUCUAUAAUUAGGUUCAAUGUGAUCAAGAAAAAUACGUUUUCUUAGGCAAUUGAUGUUAUGUCCAUAAUCACAAUUUUUGUCAAACACCAGUGAUUGACGCACAACAUAAACGUUUUAUGAUGGACACUUUUGUACGUGUGUUAGACUGUUUUACUUAAUGACCAUACGGAAUGAUGUUUUAGGAGACUGUAACUGACUUGUUUGAUGAUAUUAAAUACACAUUAAGUAUUCAAACCUUACACUGACUUUCACUUAUUUUUUUUUCACACUGAACAGUGUCCUGGUUUACGUGUUAUAUUACUCAUUAACCUGACAUGUUUUUUCUUUUCACUUGCAGGAUCCCUGAAGGAUUCAAAGAUGUGUACCUGAUGACUGUGAUAUAGCAAAGUAAAAUAUUUCUGAAUAUAUAUAUAUUAUAUAUAUAUAUUAUAUAUAUAUUAUUAUAUAUAUAUAUAUCAGACGUAUAAGACUCGUAUAAUAAAUUAUAAUUUUAUAUUGUUUCUCUCUUUUAUUAUUAGACUAAAAAUGUUACAUUUAAUCGGGAAGCAAUUGU